AUGGGUUGGUGUGGACUCGAAGUGACUGCGGCACUGAUAUAUAUAAAGGUGUGUGCAAUGUGUGGGGAGAGGGGGAUCUGGAGAGGUCGAAGGACUGGUUGGCACAGCAGGCUGUUUAAGACUAAAAACGUUUUACGCAACUCGCUACUCGCAACCGUACGCACACGCACACGCACACACUAUUCUUUCGUUAUGUUUGCUGCUGACUACGAUACUGUUGUAUCCGAUGUCGACACACCCUUCUCGUUGAAUUUGAAAAAUAGCCACAAUAACAUGAUGAGUGCUGCCAAAGGCAGCACCAAUGACUCUUCCCCAGACACCAUUGACCCCACUCUCAAGUUGGCCUCAACCACGGCCACAAGCACCAAUAACAGUUUAAGUAACAUCAACAUGUUCGACCAGGACAAAGGGGCCGAGUACGAUGUCAACAACGACGUGCUCUUGAACAACUUGCUGGAACUGGACAGUGGAUAUUCUGCUCUUCGAUUGAGUGCAGACUCUGCUACUAGGAGACUCAGCGAGGUGAUCACCGCCAAACCGAAACAAUACUUCAAGAGAAACUCGUUUGAUAUGGACAACAACGUCACCAUGUCCCAGUUGAUGAGCGAGUUCAACUUUAAUUUGAAUUCCUCGCUCUCGCCAAGCUCAAAGACAAGAGCAGGCUCGUUCACACUCGCAGACCACAAUAAUAGCAACUUCCAUAUUAGAAAAUCGCACUCCAAGAGAAACAACUCCGUCUCCACGUACCUCGACUCCAAUAACUCGAACUACUUGAACAAGCUGAACGAUUUGCUGCAUUUCGAAAACGCCAUUCUUUCCGACGAAGAAGAGGAAGACGACAUGUUGAUAAGAUCUCCAAAGUCAUUGUCAACAUCAUACUAUCCACCCGCAACAGACCCUUCAUCAGCACAACCGCAAUUUAUAAAUCCAUCGCAGAUGCUCUCUGAUAAGGCCUCUAAAGCAGCGAUUGUGGCUACUUCUGGUAUGGAUAUCUUGCCUCAAGACAACAAAGAUGAUAGCUUGAACGGAAGCGCUACCAACAAUAACGAAACUCAAAAUUCAAAUAAUAACUACACUCGGUACAAUAGCAAUGCAAGUGAACUGGAAACAAGCCUCGAUGAGCUCAGUUUACAAUUUGAUAACUUUCCAACUAUCAUGCAAUUCACCAACAACGCCAUGGCGGUGAAAAACGACCCAAAUACAUACUUGAACCAAAAUAUCGUAACGCCGUCUCCAAGUGAAAAUAUAAUGACCCAACAAGAAAGAAAGCCGAAUAACAGAUCUCCAAGUUUACCAAAUAGCACACCUGUAUCUAGAAUGAGAAAAUCUUCAACUGCUAAUUCAUCUUCGAUAAGUGCCAAUAACGACCCAUUACUGAAAACAUUCAAAUGCAACAAUUGUGAAAAGGCAUUCAGAAGAAGCGAACACUUGAAAAGACAUAUAAGAUCUGUUCAUUCAUCAGAAAGACCAUUUCCAUGUAAUUACUGUGAAAAAAAAUUUAGUAGAAGUGAUAAUUUAUCGCAACAUUUAAAGACUCACAAGAAACAUGGUGACUUCUAA